ACUGAACAACAUUGAAGUCACCUUGUCAAGUCGUACCAACUGGAUGAGCUGUAUCAGGGGCUGACCUGUGUACCUUGGUAUACGUCCCCAGGGCGUCGUAUGCUUUAGCUCAUCUCUGAUCAAUUGUGAGAGGCCCACUCGUUUAACCAACUGUUUUGUAAUGGAUCAUCCGGAAUCAGUAAUGUGUUGAUUUGAUAAAGGAAGGCUCACAUUUAUUUUGUUAAAUCAGGCAUUGGACAGAGGGGCCUGCUCAUUUGAUUACCAGAAGGUACCAGCCCACAUGUGGCUGUGGGUGGUGUAUACACGUGCAGCUGUGUGAAGGAUAGUGUUUCCAGUACAGGUGUCCUUUUACGCCAUUGUGUUGAACGUAUUGACACAGUGCGGGUCAUUUGCUAAGGUUACUUUUCUACAGGCUAUGUUUAUGGAGCUUCGCUUGAAGAACGCAGAGGAAAACUUGAAGUAUUUUAUGGGAAGCGGCUUCCAUACUGACUGUGCAACUGGUUGUAGUACUCUGUCAUUGAUUUUUUGAGUACACUUGUUGUACUUGUUUGCCGCCUAUAUAACAAUUAGGUUUUCCUGCUGUCUUUCCUCUAAAAGGAAACAAUAUUCGAUGGGGAUCCUGGCUUUUAUUAUGCUGCUGCUGUAGCCAGAGUACUAGUAAAGAAAAAAACCACAACUCGGAACUGCUGAGAGAGGCUCUGUGCCUUGCCACAUUGGAUGAUCCAGUUGAGUGAGUGAGUACUGAUAGAGUACAGACCUACAUGUACAUGUAAUAACAGAGGAGACAGUUCACCAUGCAGCGGUCACGGAAGGCAACACAAAAGGAGGAAAACUCUUUACCCUACAAAUACCGACCCCCAUCUAAGGAGCAGGAUGGCCAGCAACCUUUGGUUCAUAGAAAGGAUUCUACGACAUAUCGAAGAUGUUCCCGGGUUGUGCAGUGGUUUCGAAGGUGCUUCGUACCAGAGAAAGAAAAUGAGAUUGACGAUCUCGAGAUGCAGGUGAUGCGAUAUAAACCAGAGGGCAUUGACGAGCUCGUACGGAACACCAAGUUCACCAAGAAAGAGCUCCAGAUCAUGUACAGGGGCUUCAAACAGGAGUGUCCCACAGGCCUGGUUAAUGAGGAUGCUUUCAAGGAGAUUUAUGCACAGUUCUUCCCACAAGGAGACUCGUCAGCAUAUGCGCACUAUGUCUUCAAUGUCUUUGAUGCAGACCAUAAUGGCACCAUCAGUUUUGAGGAAUUUGUCAUUGGUUUGUCUGUUUUGUCACGAGGCUCACUCAAUGAAAAGUUGAUGUGGGCAUUCAAGCUGUAUGACAUCAAUGGUGAUGGGUACAUCACGAAGGAGGAGAUGUUAGACAUAGUCAAAGCAAUAUAUGACAUGAUGGGCAAGUAUGCUGACCCACCCAUAAGUGAAAAUGCACCAGGGGAUCAUGUGGAAAGAGUAUUCCAGAAAAUGGACAAGAACAGGGAUGGUGUGGUUACCAUUGACGAGUUUAUGGAAACGUGUAAAAAUGAUGAGAACAUCACCAAGUCCAUGUCUGUGUUUGACACCAUACUGUGAACAGCACAUCAGUGAAACAUGUCACUAUCGUGAUGUAGGACGGGUGAAAGUCAUGUUUUAAUCCUUGUAUGAAUAUAUUAUAUAUAUAUAUAUAUAUAUUACAUAGAGAGAUGUAUACAUCAUAAAUCAAAACCAUAACACCAGUCUACCGCUUCUUGAAGCAAAGGAAUUCUGCUAAGUAUUUGACUGUUUCAUAAGAAGUGUUUGCUGACAUGUUUGAAUGUAAGAUUAUGUAUGUUGAGAUAUUGUAGAAUAGAUUAAUUAUUUAUAUUCACAGACUUCACUAAUCUUUAGUUAACGUUAAUCAGUGUAUGUGUGGUUUGCCUCUCCAUUAAACCGUGAAAAUGAUAUUUUUGAAGUUCGAUAAAAGACCAGGGCAUAGGGUUUAAAGAGAAAGGCCAAAGAUUUUCCACAAUAAAAUUGUUGAGAAGGUGAUAUUGGUUGAUUACAUGCUAGAGGCAAAGUUCAAGAUAUGUAUACUUGUAGUUAGUACCCAAGUGUAUCCAUGUCUUUUUGUGUGAUAACCAAAUGUCACAAACUUGUGUUUUAUGUACAUGGAAGUAUAGUUCUGUACAGAAGUACUGGGUGCAUGCAGUUCAAGAUGACGAUCAAUUUUUUGUGAAAUUUUUAAGGUGUACAUGAGAAUAAAAGUGAACACUUCGUUUUUACCAUUUUCUUGGAGAACACCAGGUUCCAAUAUUAGCUGUAUAAUGCUGGUUUCAUGACAAGCGACUGAGUCUUUAACAAUAAAAUCUGUGUAACAUUUGGAUGAGCAGAAUAGAGUGUAGUGUUUAUGACAUGAUUUGUGUAAAAGUACUGGCAUAGUUAUGACGAUUGUGUCAUUUCUUUAACAAGCAUUAUAUACAAUGCGCCGGUUUUUCCGGCAGAAAUAUUAUCGACAAUUACGUUUAAUGUCUAGAUGAUGUUAGGCUUUUGUUGUACGUACAGAGUCCAUGUGUAUAUAAACUUGUGUGUAUUGGAUUUGGAGAACGUUUCAUUCCAUGGUGUGGCUGACCCCUUCACAUAUCACGACUGUCCCGGUCAGGGGGUGUAUAAUGACGUCACGAAACAAAGUACAGGAGGGCGAAAGGAUGUGCGUAAAUACUGCCAAGUGCAUUUCUCACGUCAAGGGAAUCGAUCUAUUGAAAGAA